AUGCCUACCCGCCUAACCAAGACCCGCAAGCACCGCGGUCACGUCUCCGCCGGUCACGGACGUGUCGGAAAGCACAGGAAGCAUCCCGGUGGUCGUGGUAUGGCUGGUGGUCAGCACCACCACCAGACCAACAUCGACAAGUACCAUCCCGGUUACUUCGGUAAGGUUGGUAUGAGGUACUUCCACAAGAUGCAGAACCUCUUCUGGAAGCCCGUCAUCAACCUCGACAAGCUCUGGUCGCUCAUCCCCGCUGAGAAGCGCGCCGAGUACCUCGCCAACAAGUCCGGCAACGCCCCCGUCCUCAACCUCCUCGACUACGGCUACUCCAAGGUCCUCGGAAAAGGUCGUCUCCCCGCUGUCCCCAUCGUCGUCCGCGCCCGCUACGUCUCCGCUGAGGCUGAGAAGAAGAUCAAGGAGGCCGGUGGUGUCGUUCAGCUCGUCGCAUAA